ACUCUUUAAAAAAAAUAAGUAAAAUUGGAGUAAUACUUAUGUCUUCUUCACAAGGCUCUUAGAAUAAGCGAAGUAGGAGAAAGAAGUGAAUUUUGAAAGCCAUUUGUAAACUUGACCUGUGAGAGAACUAUAGAGCAAAAUAAUUACUAAACCAGGGGAUUUGAAUAUUGAAUUUGCGUGGGGCCAACGGGGAGCUUGAACUCAUGAUCCUGAGAUCAAGCCCUGAGCGGCGAUCAAGAGUGGAAUGCUCUCGGACCGAGCCACCCAGGUUCCCCAGAUACUGAAUAUUUUUCAUUGAAAACAAGAUUCUAGACUUCAUUCCUCUAACUGACUUUGGGCAAAUCUUUUCAUCUUUUCAUACAGACACAUCUAAGUUAAUGAAUAAUUAUGAAAUGUUUAUACCGAUAACACAAUUUAUUUGGUUAUAUAACAAUUAGUAAACAAUUUGUACUCUUCGACAAUGUCCAACUACCUACCAGCUCUGAUCGUGUUUGUAAAUGCGACAUUAACUACAUUAGUAGCUAUGCACUGUCCCCACCGACAGCGCAGCGGAAAUAACUAAGUAGGCCACUGCAAGAGCAACUGGCUUCCUGAAGACACAGGAGACUAAGGUGGGAGUGCAAUACAUAUGUGGUAGAUCGAAUAACAAAAGCAAAAGUUCGAAACCGAUCGGAAAUUAACAGGAUUCAUUAAAUGACGGCCGAGAACACUUGGGUCACCGUAGGAAAGCUUUGUUAUUUCGGGAAGCUUGGCACACGCCAUUACUUAACGUUACCCUGCUGGCAAUCGGGCCUUUCUCUGGCUGAGACGAGCUCUUCGGCCGGUUGGGGUUCCCAGCGCGCCUUGCGCGGCUCUUGGCGGGAAAGCGACGGUGGGGGGAUCACACGGCCCUGUAAGCGCCUCCGCGGGCGACCGUUAAAGGAAGGCGCCUGCGCGUCAGGCGAAGCGCGCGCCGCGCGGUGCCAGGUUUCCCAGCGGCUGGCGCCCCUCAGACCUUACGUUGAAUUAAGGAAAAGACUUUCCCAGAAGAUGGCCACUGCGCAAUUACAGAGGACUUCCAUGAGUGCAUUGGUAUUUCCCAAUAAGACAUCAACAGAGCAGCAGUCUUUAGUGUUAGUGAAGAGGCUCCUAGCAGUUUCAGUAUCCUGCAUCACCUAUUUGAGAGGAAUAUUUCCAGAAUGUGCUUAUGGAACAAGAUAUCUAGAUGAUCUUUGUGUGAAAAUUCUGAGAGAAGAUAAAAACUGUCCAGGAUCUACACAGUUAGUGAAGUGGAUGCUAGGAUGCUAUGAUGCUUUACAAAAAAAAUACCUAAGGAUGGUUGUUCUAGCUGUAUACACCAAUCCAGAAGACCCUCAGACAAUUUCAGAAUGUUACCAAUUUAAGUUCAAGUACAGUAAUAAUGGACCAGUCAUGGACUUCAUAAGUAAAAACCAAAGCAACGAUUCCAACAUGUCAUCUGCUGACACCAAGAAAGCAAGUAUUCUCCUCAUUCGCAAGAUUUAUAUUCUAAUGCAAAAUCUGGGACCUUUACCUAAUGAUGUUUGUUUGACUAUGAAACUUUUUUACUACGAUGAAGUUACACCCCCAGAUUACCAGCCUCCCGGUUUUAAGGAUGGUGAUUGUGAAGGAGUGAUAUUUGAAGGGGAGCCUAUGUACUUAAAUGUGGGAGAAGUUCCAACACCUUUUCACACCUUCAAAGUAAAAGUGACUACUGAAAAAGAACGAAUGGAAAAUAUUGAUUCAGCUAUUUUAUCACCAAAACAAUUAAAAACACCACUUCAGAAAAUUCUCAUGGACAAAGAUGAUCGAGAAGAUGAACAGGAGCAUUAUAUAAGUGAUGAUUUUGACAUUGAAACUAAAAUGGAAGAGCAGAAAAAAAACCCUGGAUCUUCUGAACUUGGAGAAUCAAGUUCAGUUUGUGAGGAAGAUGAAAUUAUGAGAUCUAAGGAAAGUCCAGAUCUUUCGAUUUCUCAUUGUCAGUUUGAACAGUUAGUCAGUAAAACAUCUGAACUUGAUGUAUCUGAAAGCAAAACAAGAAGUGGAAAAAUCUUUCAGAAUAAAAUGGCUAAUGGAAAUCAGCCAGUAAAAUCUUCUAAGGAAAAUCGGAAGAGAAAUCAACUCAAAUCUGGGAAAACAGUCCUUCAUCACUUUGAUACUUCUAGUCAAGAGUCAGUGCCAAAAAGAAGAAAGUUUAGUGAACCAAAGGAACAUAUAUGAAAAUUAAUUCUUCUGCAUGUUUGCAAAGUUCUCAACAUUUAAACUAAAGGACACUGUAUUACUAUUUUAAUGUGUAUUUGCCCUACCUGUGAAAAAUUAUAUAUGGUCUUAAGCAGUUAGUACACUAAAAUGAAUUUUUAGGUGACUAUCAUAUUAUCUGAGACAAUCCAAGAGAACUUUUGUGUAAAAUCAAAAGUACCAAUGUCAUAAUUGAUUUUGUUCAUCAUCUGUUCAAUAUUGAUCUAUCUUACAUUUUGAUGAAUACUGCUUUUAAACGUAUAUUAACUUUUAAGUCAAUUUUAAAAACGUUUAUUUUGUUACUAAAUUUUGGUAGGAAUUUACUUUUUACUUACGUUAAAACUAUACCACUUAACUGUUUGUCACUGUCAUUAAAACCGUAUUCUUCAGUACUUUGACUACUGAAUAGAGUGUAUUAACAUGGUAAUAUAUAACAUACCAUUAAAAAUUGGUUAUCUUUUUAACAUUUUUGUACUUGAAGACAAAAAUGAGGACUGAUUUUUAAGGUCUGGCAUUUUUGGCAGCAUAAAUAAAAUAUUGUUCAGCAUCUA